UGAAAUCUAGCAGCCGUGUUUUGAAUGUAUAUGGUAUAUAGCCUUAGGACUAGUACUCCUUAGAGAUCCAUUGCCAUUAUAUCUCCUAAUUUAUUAGUGCUAUCCAACCCGGUUUUUGCAGCCCAUCCCUAUAACUAUGAGUGGCUAUAGCGAUGAUGCUAGCAGGACUAGCUCGUCCACAGAUAGCGUAUUCCAUGAUAGUUUCGGCAACCGAGCCGAUCGAAUCACUCUACGAGUCGGCGAACGUCGAUUCACCACCCUUCGCGAAACCCUUAUCCAAAGCGAGUAUUUCGCAGCGCGCCUCUCUGGGAGAUGGAAUGAUGCCGAUGAAGAUGGCUCCUACUUCAUCGAUGCCGAUCCGGUCCUCUUCGAGCACAUCCUUAGUUAUCUUCGGAGCGGGAAUUUCCCAGUCUUCUUCGAUAGCAACACGCUUACCUUCGACCACGCCAAGUACUUAUCCCUGCUAGGCGAGGCCCGGUACUUUGGCAUUCGCAAGCUAAUCGAAUGGAUCGAAAAGAAGAAAUAUCUAGACGUGGUUGAGAUCACGAGAUCAGUGAUUGUUGAUGAUGAUGUUAAUAGUGCAUCGAUGCAUUCCCAUAUGAGCGGAGUGCCAGGGGAUAGCAAAGUCGACCUCUCAACUUCAUGGGGCUUUAAAAAGACAUAUCUGUGUCCAAUGGGCUUCUCUUCUCACCAUGGAAAUCCGUCGCGAUGUCCAUGCGAAUCGCUUAAGAGACGAGAUGAAGGGGAUAAAUUUAGAGAUGAAUUGGUCCUAAGAGCUGUUGUCACUAUCACUACCGCAACAUUCAACCCGGACCGCUGUCUUGGCCAUGGGCUGGCUUCGGGGGAUUGAUUAAGGUCAGGUUAGGAUUAUCAUACGGGGUCCUAUUGUUAACGCUGUAAACAAGGCUGCCAUGAUCAAAUUAAGCGUUGCGAAUAUUAUAAUAACACCUAAAUAUCUACCUCCUACAUCUACCUCCAAUACUGGACGUGAUAUUCCUCCAAGUCCAUUCUCUUUCCCUUAAGGCGAUGCAAAAUAUGUACUGUAUGGCAC